UAAAUUCUUCUUACUAUAAUUGAUUUUUGGUCAAGAGCUAAAUAUUUUCAUCCUAAAACUUGUGAAAAACAAUAAAGAACAAAUUGAUCCACUACAUAAGAUGGGUCAUCAGAGGUUAAGAACAAAUCUUGGCUAAUAAUCGCCAUCAUGCGUGUUAAUAAAUACAAGUAGGUAUGAAACAAAAGGAGCAGACACGGCAUAUGUGGAAUUUGUUGGGCACAGGGCUAUAACUGUAAAGAUACACGUACCCAGGUGAGAUUUGAAAAUAGGUUUGUACGGUAAAUGUAAGACCCACAUUCAGACACAAGACAAAGAAGCGAAGAAGGAAGGAAGGUGGAGAAAAAAGUGGAAAGAUUGAAGAGCUUCUCUUGUCACGCCUCACAAAUAUUGGCACUUUUCUCUCUUUCCUUCUUUAUUUCCUUUUCCCCAAAUCAAAGCUUCAAAUUUGGUCAAGUCCUAGAAAUCCUACGUCCAGGCAAUUUCAAUCAACAGUCAAAUCAUUUCUUAAUUCGAUUCAGAUCAGACUCUUUUUACGGAUAAUUUACAAGAAAACUUUUGAAAAGAGGAGAUGUCUUGCUCGUCGUCAUCAGGGUCCGAGGAAGAGGAUGAGGGCUUCGAUUCCUACAGAAAGGGAGGGUACCACGCCGUCAGGGUUGGCGAUCAGUUCGCCGGUGGGAGGUACAUAGCACAGAGAAAGCUGGGCUGGGGUCAGUUUUCUACCGUCUGGCUCGCAUUCGAUACUCGCAAUUCUACAUAUGUUGCCCUCAAAAUUCAGAAAAGUGCAGCCCAGUUUGCCGACGCUGCCCUUCAUGAGAUAAAUGUUCUUUCAUCCAUUGCUGAGGGCGACCCUUCAAAUUCAAAGUGUGUUGUCCAAUUGAUCGACCACUUUAAGCACUCAGGCCCAAAUGGGCAGCACCAUUGCAUGGUCCUUGAGAUGCUUGGUGAUAGCUUGCUUCGUCUGAUCAGAUAUAGACAUUACAAAGGCCUCCCAAUGAAUAAACUUAGAGAAAUUUGUAAAUGCAUUUUGAUUGGUUUGGAUUACUUGCAUAGAGAACUUGGAAUAAUCCACUCAGACCUAAAGCCUGAAAAUGUCCUUCUCUUAUCCACCAUUGAUCCUGCUAAAGACCCUCUUAGAUCUGGACAAAGCCCGAUCCUGGAGAGGCCUGAGGGAAGCAUGAAUGUCGGAUUUUCAAGUGUCAUUGAGAAAAAGCUGAAAAGGAGAGCAAGAAGGGCAGUUGCUAAAAUAUCAGGAAGAACUUCAUCAUUGGGAGAAGUUGGAGUGGUUCCAAAACCCAACAGAAAUGUUGAUGGAGUUGAUGUGCAAUGCAAGAUAGUCGAUUUUGGAAAUGCAUGCUGGGCAGAUAAGCCAUUUGCAGAAGAAAUCCAGACGAGGCAGUAUAGAGCUCCUGAAGUUAUAUUGCAGGCUGGGUAUUCGUUCUCUGUUGACAUGUGGUCUUUUGCUUGCAUUGCUUUUGAGCUCGCCACGGGUGAUAUGAUGUUUACUCCCAAGUCUGGACAAGGUUUUAGUGAGGAUGAGGACCACCUUGCCCUGAUGAUGGAACUCCUUGGAAAGAUGCCCGGAAGGUGAAUGUUCAUAUUUCUACUCUCUUAGCAUAGUUCUUGAAGUUAUUGUGGCAUUCCUAAUGCUUGCGGGAUGCAGGUUGCCGUUAGUGGAGCAAAAUCCAGGGAUUUCUUUGACAGGCAUGGGGAUCUAAAAAGAAUUAGGAGGCUGAAAUUCUGGCCACUUGACAAAUUUUUGAUUGAUAAAUACAAGUUUUCAGAGAGUGAUGCUCGUGAGUUUUCAGAAUUUAUUGGCCCCCUUCUGGAUUUUUCACCAGAGAAGCGGCCGACAGCACAACAGUGCUUAGAACACCCUUGGCUUAAUGGUCAAGCCAACUCCAAAUAAUGAGAAAUGAUUCUAGUUUUUGAAAAGUUGAUGGUUGGGAUGUUGACAGACUAAUGGAAGAAAGGUAUUUGACAGAGCCAUAGUUACUGCAUUUUAAGCUCCUCCUUCCACAUAUGAUGACCUGUUAUUGGUUGUGAUUCAUUUUUUAUUUGUUCACGUUGUUAUUUUUAUUGGAUCAAUAUACACAAAGAUAUGUAUAGUAGAGAAUUUUGUUCCUCUAGAGACGAUAUGCACGGGAAUUUGCGUGUAUAUUCUUUUUUCUAAUAAAGUUAUUUUGUAUCCAGUAUUAUUGGAUCGAAAUCGAA